GCGAUGCUCCGGGAAGUCGUGGUAGUCUGUACCCUGUGUGGCUGCCUGAGGGUUCGUGUUUUCCCUGCCUUUCAUGAUCACUGGGGUACAGCCUGUGUACAGCUGUGAUCCGUACCGGUUGUGGGAGUCGUAGGCAGAACUCGGGAGACCCAGGAAAUCUGGAAAUGGAUUUGGUGGCUUUUGAGGAUGUGGCUGUGAACUUCAGUUUGGAAGAAUGGGCUUUACUGGAUUCUUUACAGAAGGAACUCUACAGAGAUGUGAUGCGGGAAACCUUCAGGAAUCUGGCCUCAGUAGGAAAAAAAUGGGAAGAUCAUGAUAUUGAAGAUCAGUACAAAAACCGGGUUAGAAAACUAAGAAGUUUAAUAUUAGAGAGACACUGUGAAGGUGAAAAGAGUAGUCAAUGUGGAGGAAACUUCAGCCUUAUUUCAAAUCUCAAUCUGAAGAAGAAAAUUCUUUUUGGGAGAAAACCACAGAAAAACAGCGUGUGUGGGAAAGUUUUCAUGCAUCAUUCUUCUCACAGUAAGCACAUCAGAUGUCACACUGGAUAUAAGCCCUUUGAGUAUCAGAAAUAUGAAGAGAAGCCGUAUAAAUGUAACAUAUGUGGGAGAGCCUUCAGUUAUGUCCAGUGUUUUGAAAAACAUGAGAGAAAGCACAAUGGAGAAAAAACCUAUAAAUGUAAGGAAUGUGGGAAAGCCCAUAGUUCUUCAACUUCACUUCAAAUACAUGAAAGAUCCCACAUCGGAGAUAAACUCUUUGAAUGUAAACAAUGUGGUAAAGCCUACAGAUAUUACAGUGCCUUGCAAACACAUGAAAGGACCCACACAGGCCAGAAAUCCUAUGAAUGUAAACAAUGUGGUAAAGCUUUCAGUUCUCAUCUAGGUUUUCAAAUACAUGAAAGGAGUCACACUGGAGAAAAACCCUAUGAAUGUAAAAAAUGUAGUAAAGCAUUCAGUUGUCUCAGUUACCUUCGAAGUCAUGAAAAAAUUCACACUGUAGAGAAACCCUAUGAAUGUAAGGAAUGUGGAAAAGCCUUCAGAUAUUAUCAUAAUUACCAAACACAUGAAAGAAAAUUCACUGGAGAGAGGCCGUAUGAAUGUAAGGAAUGUGGAAAAGCCUUCAGGUGUUAUCAAAGUUUUCAGAAACAUGAAAGAAUUCACACUGGAGGGAAACCCUAUGAAUGUAAGGAAUGUGGGCUAGCCUAUAGAUAUUACAGUACCUUACAAAGACACAAAAGGACUCACACUGGAGAAAAACCCUAUAAAUGUAAACAAUGUGGUAAAGCCUAUAGAGGUCACAGUGCUUUACAAACACAUGAAAGGACUCACACAGGAGAGAAACCCUAUGACUGUAAGGAAUGUGGAAAAGUUUUUAUUUCUCAUCUAGGCUUCCAAAUACAUGAAAGGAGUCACACUGGAGAGAAACCUUAUGAGUGUAAACAAUGUAGUAAAUCCUUUAGUUGUGUCAGUUAUCUUCGACGUCAUGAAAAAAUUCACACUGGAGAGAAACCCUAUGAAUGUAAGCAAUGUGGGCUAGCCUACAGGUACUACAGUACCUUACAAAGACAUGAAAGAACUCAUACUGGAGAGAAACCUUAUGAAUGUAAGGAAUGUGGGCUAGCCUACAGAUAUUUCAGUACCUUACAAAGUCACGAAAGAAUUCAUACUGGAGAAAAACCUUAUGUAUGUAAGGAAUGUGGGAAAACCUUCAGAUGGUACCAAAGUUUUCAAACACAUGAAAGAAAUCACACUGGAGAGAAACCAUAUGUAUGUGAAAAAUGUAGUAAACAAUUUAGUUGUCUUCGUUAUCUUCGAAAACAUGAAAGAAAUCACACUGCAAGGAAACGCUAUGAAUGUAAAAACUGUAAUAAAGCAUUUAGGUAUCCCAGUGACCUUCAAAAACAUGAAAGAAAUCACACUGGAGAGAAACCUUUUGAAUGUAAACAAUGUGGUAAAGCCUACAAAGAUCAAAGUUCCUUACAAACACAUGAAAGAACUCAUACUGGAGAGAAACCCUAUGAAUGUAAGGAAUGUGGAAAAGCCUUCAUUUAUCACACAACAUUUAGAAGACACAUGACAACGCACACUGGCGAGAAACCAAGAAAGGUACAGAAUUUGGGAAAAGCUUCAGUAAUCCCAUUUCCUUUCGAAAGCAUGAAAUAAUUACCUGUAUAAAAACUCUUGAAUGUAAACAGCUUGGGAAAGACUAAUUGGUCCGCAUUUUUACAUGUGAAAAUUCCUAUGAAAAAGAAAUUAAAAUGUAGGUAAUGUAAGAAAGCUUGAUAGAAAUUAAUUCAGGUGUAAGUGACAGAAAACUUUCAACAUGAAACGUUUAUUAUUAGUGUUGUAAACAUAUUGUGUAUAUUGAACCUUUUUUUAUAGUGCAUCAUUGGACUGGAUUUCUAUUAAUUUCAGAAAUGAAUAUUCAUGUGAGAUAUUUCUGAGAGUUGUCUUUCGACAAUAGUACAUAAGAUAAAUAGUGCUUUUUUCUUGAAGUAUUUAAUAGUUCUAUCGAUUGUUAGCUAAGCCUAUUAGAUCCAUGGUUGAAUUGAAGUAUAUUUUUUAUAUGUUGUUAGGCUAAAUAUUUUUUAUAAUAUUUUAUUUUGUUUUAGGGGGCUAUUGAAAAAUGACAGUUUGGUAUUUGGGUGUUCCUAGUGACUUUUUCUAGUUGCCUAGUGGCAGUCCCUCUUAACACAGCUCCUUUUGGUGGGGGCGGGGUGGUGAGUAUUGGAGCUUUUUGUUUAUUUUCCAUACUAAUGACUAGUAAGAAUAAAUUUUAUGUGUGGCAAGUUUAGGAAAGAGUAUAGUAUCAUGUGAAUUUUUAUUUUCAUAUUUGGGCCUUGGCUUUUUGUUCUUCCUUCAGACUGAUGUUUGGUGAAUUGACUAUGAGCUAUGAAGAGAGACCUGUGAUAGGGCAACAAAAUCUAGAGCUGGAGAUUAUCCCUCCCGUUGGGUAAUGUUAGGAACUUGAUUUUCCAGUUCAUGUUAGAAUUCCUUUGUAGCCUUACUUCUAUGAGAUUCGGAAGGCAAAAAUGAAGACAGAUUUUGGAGCCACCAGACAGACAGAUAACUAGGAGCUUUGAUGAUAACGUCUUCCAGCCCAUUAUCCAAAUUCUUUGACCUUCCAAUCAAAACUAUUCUCAAAACCACCACCAACUGUCUGAUAUUUAUUUUCUGAGAAAUGUAGGUUUCCGCUGAUGUCUUCACAAAAUCCACAUCAAAGAUCCAUCAGUUUAGAUUUUUCUGUCACCCCUCUUAUGUCCACCAGGAAACUGUUUCAGCCUUUCAUGCUUGUGAGUAUUCUUUGGUUCCCUUCUUUGGAUUAUAUCUGUAUAAGGUCUAAUUCACAUAGGAAACAGCUUUAUGCUGUUAAUAGUUCUGGUGAGUAUGUUUUCUUGACUGACUGUGACAUCUACAAUGGUGCACUGAAAAAGAAGGACAUGGGAGUGUGUUUCUCUGCUGCCUUGACCUGGUCCUUCCAUGUGAGAAUAAGCACCUUCCUCCUGUCAGGAAGAUUGUGGAUGUUUCCUGUUACUUGUAGCUAAAUGUAAUCCCUUGGAAUGUUUUCAGUUGUGUUUGAUUGUAUGUGAUUAAAAGUAUGUCUAUUUUUUUUGGUCAAAUGAGCAUUUCUGUAGGUCUUUAAUAAAAUUUAAUUGUUAGCUAAGCUGUUGUAUACUAACAAAUAUUGUGUUUUUCAAAUGUUAAUAUGUCUCAUAAUUAGAGAUUUUAAAACAAA